AGAAUACACGGACCGAGCGCGCGGAGAAGAAGAAGAGAAGGUAGAAGAGGAGAAGAGGAAUAAUCCUGCUUUCUUACACAGAGCUUUCUUCGUGAAGCUCUUCUUUCUGCCAGUGGUGCCCCCCCUGCUGUUGAGGCUGUGGUAUGAGCCUAUGUGGCAGGAAGGCGCUGACGUUGCUGAGCAGCGUGUUCGCCGUCUGCGGCCUGGGCCUGCUGGGGAUCGCCGUCAGCACCGACUACUGGCUCUACCUGGAGGAGGGCGUCAUCCUUCCCCUCAACCAGAGCACCGAGAUCAGGAUGUCCCUCCACUCGGGACUCUGGAGGGUCUGCUUCUUGGCUGGAGAGGAGAAGGGCCGAUGUUUCACCAUCGAGUACGUGAUGCCCACCACCAUCCAGAUCACGUCUGAGUCGACUGUCAGUGUCCUGAAGAUGAUCCGCUCCGCCACGCCCUUCCCUCUGGUCAGCCUCUUCUUCAUGUUCAUUGGGUUUGUGCUCAGCAACAUUGGACACAUCCGACCACACCACACCAUCCUGGCCUUUGUGUCUGGGAUCUUCUUCAUCCUCUCUGGCCUCUCUCUGGUGGUUGGUCUGGUUUUGUACAUCUCCAACAUAAAUGACGAGAUGUUGAACAGAACCAAAUCAAACGAGUCGUUCUUCGGCUACAAGUACGGCUGGUCUUUCGCUUUUGCCGCCAUCUCCUUCCUGCUCACUGAGACUGCAGGUGUCAUGUCCGUGUAUCUCUUCAUGAAGCGCUACACAGCCGAGGAGAUGUACCGGCCUCACCAAGGCUUCUACAGGCCUCGCCUCAGCAACUGCUCCGAUUACUCCGGUCAGUUUCUCCACCCGGACGCCUGGGCGGGACGCGGCCGCAGCCCCUCCUCCAUCUCCUCCGAGGCCUCCCUGCAGAUGAACUCCUCCCACUACCCGGCGCUCCUCAAGUGUCCCGAGUACGAGCAGAUGUCGUCCUCGCCGUGCUGAGGCAGAGACGAAGCGGCUGUGUUUCGAUCAAAGUACAUUCAUACUGACCAGCUUGAAUCACGACGAUGACCUGGUUCUUUUUAACCCGCCUGCUGCUGAUCUUUAGUUACACUUUGGGGUUUUGUGGGGGCAAGACAAAAGUUUGAGGUUCAUUUUAUUCUCAGCUAUUGUUUCAAGGACUGAAGAAGAGGAGUGACAGAAUUUGAUUGGAGAGGAGGUUUUUCUCUAAUUAUAGGUGAGAGGUGGAGAGCAACAGGCUGACCUGAGCGGGAACAGGAAGACUGAGAGCUUCAACCUGAUGGCAUUUUAAGAGGUUGAAACUCUGCACAGAUUCAGGCACAGAGGGGUUUUUGGAAUAAGGCAUGCAGACGCAGAGGUUGCAGGUUUCUAAAUACAAACAUUAAAACAUAAGCAGGCAAAUAUCUAUCCGUGAAAUCAUACAUAGAAGUGAAGAGGAAAGUUUGAUGUAUUUUACUCCUUUCAAAUUUAACACAACAUCAAUUCUCUAUUCUCCAUCAGUCUGUCUUUCCCUUUCAAAUCAUGCAUUAGCACCAACUGAAUUUGCAUGUUUAUCUACCAUCCUCAUGUUGCACCUCUCAUCUGCAGCGUGCAACACCCUCGACAGAAUAUGGCUCUUUGCUGCAUGCGUCCUCAUACAAAUCCAAACUGUUCCAGAUGUUUGAUAAGAGAAAAACUCAGCUGGGACUUUUACAAACUGGUCGUUGAAUGUGAGUUUCAAGCAUUCAAACUGAUUAUUUCAUGGACUUACCUUUCACAUGAGCUUUACAUCAACUCCAACCUCUUUUAUCUGUGAUUUUAAAACAGUUUGCACAUCACCCAGUCUUUCAUUUAACAGCUAGGAGUUCUUUUGUGUCCUCUCGAGGUCGACAAAACAUUUAAAGCUUCUUUGUUUUCAUCCGUCACUUUAAUGACACCGAAGGAAGGUUUGUUGAUCAGGCUGAGACAGAUAAUAUAUUCACUCUGAGUCUAUAAGUGUAUAUUUUUACAGAGUAAAAGGAACAGACUGGAAUAAAGAUCAAAUUUAGUCUUUUUAUUUGUUAUAAAUAAAGAAACAUACGUCUGCUUUGCACCAAUUAAAACAUGAAUUAUGUAUAUCCUCAGAAAAUCCUCAAAGCUCCUGCAAAGUGUUUCUUUAAAUGAAAAACAGAGUUAUACAGAACACGGGAUUGAUUGUGGAUAUCGGAUGAAGCUCUGAACCCUCAGAGACUGAGACUCAUGGAGAAUGUGAACGAGUCGGUCAGUAUAUUUUGAUAUGAAGCCGGUGUGAAUGUAAGAAGUUCUGAAGAUGAGAUUUAUUUCCUGCACACAUUAAAUACCUCCCUGUAGAGAUAUAACCACCCAAACUGUAGAAGCAUAUUUUUAUAAUUUCACCCGGGUAAAGGAAUAUUCCUCGACGUGUACCGAACAAAUACACCGACGUCUUUAUCGUGCCAAGGAAGAGUUCCUCCAGGUGAAGUGGCUUAAAGCAAACCUUUGAAUAUCAACAUUUCAUACAGCUGGAAGUGUAACUGAACAUAUUAUACAGAACAUUUGUCUCUUGUGAUACUUUUACCUUAGUUUGAUAUUUAUUAUAAAGUUAUAUUGUCAGUAUUUAAUGUUGCAUGAUGUGAACUUCACUUAUUUUUAACGGCAUGCAACAUUUCAUCAUGUAAACAAACAACAGCUGAUCGGACGUCCUCACGCAGAGUUUUCAUUUAACACCUGAGGAUUAAAUCAAACAUAUGUACACAGUCGUUUUUGUAUAGACAGAAUAUAUAUGUGAAGAUUUGAUGUUUUCUCUGGUAGGUUUAUCUGCAGUGUGUAACAGCUGCUUCGCCUCCUGCGUCACAUUUCUGCUCUGAGUAAAUACAUGUAAAGUAAUCAGAUGACAUCAGUGUCUUUAAUAAAACAUUCCUCUCUGUGAGUUUUUACAAUCUGAGUCAUUUUUAUGAUGUGGAAUGAUGAAUACAGUCUGUAUAUGAAAUAAAGUUUGAUAAACAAUA